AUGUCUGCCUUGCACCGAUUCUUUACUAAUCGGGAAAAGGGGUUAAUGCCAAAGCCCUCUGAGAGGAUCACCACUGCUACAGUCCCAGAGAAAACAUUUCACGUAGCGGUGCAAGGAUGCAGCCAUGGCGAGCUCAACCGCAUUUAUGCCGCCUGUAGUGAUCAUGAGAAGCAAACGGGUAAAAAAAUUGAUCUACUAAUUUGUUGUGGGGAUUUUCAGUGCGUGCGAAAUGAAGCAGAUAUGGCGAGUAUGGUAGUCCCUGACAAGUACAAGACUCUUGGUGACUUCGCCUCAUACUACACGAAUCUUUCGACCAAUGUACCUCUCUCGACGACAACAGGGAACACGAGCGAUCAACGACAACAAAGUUUUCAGCAGCACCGCCAGGCACCCUACUUGACGAUUUUUAUUGGCGGGAAUCAUGAAAAUUCUGACUGGCUGGCUGAGGAAAGCUACGGCGGGUUUGUGGCACCAAACAUUUACUAUUUAGGCCAUUCGGGCAUUAUUGUCGUGGAUGAAAUGCUCUGUAUAGGCGGCCUAAGCGGCAUCUUUAAGGAUAUGGACUACCACCGUCCAUAUCCUUCUCGGCCGUACUGGAGUCAGGAAGCCGCCAAGCGCUCUGCAUACCACGUUCGCCGCAUUGAAGUUCAAAAGCUUCAAGCUUUUAUGAGUAUACUACGCAAUGAAAGGAUAUUGCGAGGGAAUGCACACCACGACGCAGCGGUGCAACCAAAACCACAGGACGUCGAUGCUAUAAAUCCGGAAAAUGGCACCUCUUCAAGUUUUAACUCAGCUUCCACAAAAUUCUUCUUCCCGUUGCGCGUGGAUAUUAUGCUUUCUCAUGACUGGCCAGCGGGUAUCACAAAGUACGGCGACGAGCCCCAGUUGCUUCGCUAUAAACCCUAUUUUAAGGACGAGGUAGUGCGCAACGAACUUGGCAACCCGCACACCUUGGAAUUAUUACGCCUCGUGCAACCCCAGCACUGGUUCGCGGGGCAUCUGCAUUGCUUUUUCGAAGCAAAAGUCCCGCACCGUGAGAAUAUAUCUAAUGGCUCUGGGGAUGUCACCUCCACCAGCUUUACGGCACUAGACAAGUGCAGCAAGGGAAAGGGCUUUAUUGACUUUUUUGAUAUAACGGUUUCUCACCCACGCGGGGGGGCGGCGCGGGAUGCGUCAUCAAGCCCUCCUCCCUCCUCUCAUACACGAGAAUCGGGGAGUUUGCCCUCCGAUUUUGCGGGGAAGCAUCGCAUUCAACGGCACCCUCUGUGGGUAGAGGUACUCAAAGCCUCGCACGCCUAUGUAAGCCGAAAUCUGUGUGGUCCAGCUUCGCGCCGCAAUCCUCCAGGGGAUCCACCUACCGCACACGCCGCUUCUCCUAGUGGGUUUUUUGACCUAAACAGAUUUGUUGAUAAUUGGAACCGUCGAGGUGGCUUUAGGGAGUGCGCAGAAGUAGCAUCGGGAAACGUUGAAGCGAUUUUAGGAGCCCCUACUACAUCUGCUCUGUUGAGUGCGCUUCAUCUUCACCCUGCGGAGCCGCUCCAGAUGAACAUUGUUUCAGAUGCCAUCAACACGCACGGUCCCGCGGCGACCUCCAAGGCAACAGGGAUGAGGGCCCUAAAAAGGGAAAAGACGGAGGGCGAUCUGUGCAGCGCGUCGGAUUGGAAAGAGGUUAAAGACGCAGUGACUACCAUGGGAAACCCCUUGAGUUGGACUGAAGAUCUUUCCCCUACCUAA